AUGGAGAGUCUCUUAAACUUUUCCUGGAGAUUACCGGAGGAGAUUAAAGAAGAUUACUUGAGUGGAAAGUUGAACAGUAUUUACUUUGUUUCAGCAGAUGAGACGAGAAAAAUUGGCCUUGGUCCUUACUACCCGCCGUUAUUCUGUCAAUACACCAGAAAGUGGAACUUCUCGUACGAAAUUGUCAAGGCUUACGCCGAUUACCUCCACGAGAUCGAUAUUAAAUUGAAGUGUCUGAACGAUUGGGUUCAAAUGUUAGAGUUCGCCUGCUAUAUCGGACGAAAGGAUCUUUUGGAUAAAGCAUUGGCUCAUUUGUGCGAAGUUCAGGAAGGGUUCAAAAUUUCGGCCUAA